AUUUUUCAUCCCUCUUUCUUUUCUCUGACUCAAUCUGUUUUCAAGUUGUGUCGAUACGAACGUCCUAAAAGAGCAACGGAACAAUACAAGUCAGGAAUAUCCGGCAAUGUUUGGAUUUUACACUCGUGCCUUGGCCAACUAUCCCUUGCCCACACAGGCCGUGACAACAGGAAUGCUGUUCGGCACCGGGGACCUGAUAGCACAUUUUUUUAUCGAACAAAAGCCAUCCAUGAGACUGUCACCGUUUUUGGAUUCUUCGUUGUCAAGCUGGGAUAAGACAAGGACCGCAAGAAUGGCGUUAUUUGGAGCCGCCUUUGCUGGACCCGUGCUCCAUCAUUGGUACAGAUUCCUAGACAGGACCAUUCGCCUCUCGACACCCGUCCGGUCUUUGCUUGGCAGGGUGGCGGUCGAUCAACUGUUUUUCGCGCCUUGCUUCAUUGCCUCGUUCUUUAUCGGCCAGGGUCUGUUGGCUGGGGCGAGUCCACAGGUCAUUCGUGAGCGGCUGCAAAAGGGAUAUCCUGGAGCGCUAAAGAGCAACUACAUCGUUUGGCCUGCCGUCCAAUGUUUCAACUUUUGGCUGGUGCCUUUACAGCAUCGUCUGAUGGUAGUAAACACGUUUGCUCUGGGAUGGAACACAUAUCUCUCACACGUCAACCAGACAUCGCGUGAAGCUGUCCAGGCAUAACAACAAUAAAAUCAAUUCGUUCUCCGAGG